AUGCUGGAAAGCGACGAUCCAUUCAACUUGCGACGGUUUGCAGAUCAGCAGAGGAAGUACUUUGACACCGCCUUACAGGAGCUGCGCGACGGGCAGAAGAAGAGCCACUGGAUGUGGUACAUCUUCCCCACACCGCCGUUUGUUCAGAACGGAGCCGAGUGCGGAAGCCCGACCAACAAGUUUUACGCGAUCCGGACGGACGAGGAAGCAGCUGCAUAUCUGAGCUUUGAUGAAGAUGGGGUAUGCUUGCGCAAGAACUACAUGGAGAUGGUGCAGGCGGUCCUUCAGCAACUCCGCAUGGGUACGGCAGCUCUUGAUCUCAUGGGGGAAGCCGAUGAGCCAAAGCUUCGAAGAUCGCUGCAGUUCUUUGGCCGUGUAGCCAAGCAGAACAAAGAUCGAGAGUUGCAAGAGGCUUGUGACGAAGCAUUGCUGCUGAUGGGCAACAACGGCUUCUACUGUGGAUCGUGUGCGCUCUGCAUCGUGCAGUGA